UUUUUCCUCUUUAAAUUAUAGGCUUGAUAAAAUUUCCCUCCUAGAAAGAAAUGCGAAGUGGUAACUUGCAACAGAGAUAGAUAUGGGCGUGAAGAACCUGUGGGAUGUUUUGGAUUCUUGCAAGAAAACUCUCCCACUCCAACAUUUAAGGAACAAAACAAUAUGCAUAGAUCUCUCGUGCUGGAUGGUUCAACUCCAAAAUGUGACCAAAUCUCACUCUUGUUUGAAGGAAAAGGUUUAUCUUAAGGGACUCUUUCACCGCCUUCGAGCUCUCAUUGCUUUGAAUUGCACCCUUAUAUUCGUUACAGAUGGAUCUAUUCCUGCUAUUAAGAUAUCAACUUACAGGCGCCGCUUAAAUUUAACCACUGAGAUCGAUGAAAAUGAAACAAACUCAGAAAAAGUGUGUUCGCUACGAAGGAAUAUGGGUUCUGAGUUUUCAUGCAUGAUAAAGGAGGCAAAAAUCUUGGGCAUGGCCCUCGGCAUUGCUUGCUUAGAUGGGAUGGAGGAAGCCGAAGCACAAUGUGCGUUGUUAAACUCUGAAUCAUUAUGUGAUGGGUGUUUCACAUUAGAUUCAGAUAUCUUCCUUUUUGGUGCAAGGACGGUGUACAGAGAUAUCUGCCUUGGAGAUGGUUAUGUUGUCUGCUAUGAAAUGUCAGACAUAGAAAGACAACUUGGAUUUGGAAGGAACUCAUUGAUUUCUCUGGCCCUACUUCUUGGAAGUGACUAUUCUCAUGGAGUACAUGGUCUGGGCCGUGAAUCAGCUUGUCAAAUUGUGAAAUCCAUUGGAGACAAUGCUGUCCUCCAGAAAAUAGCAUCAGAAGGGCUUUCCUUUGCUAAGAAGGCAAAAGGAUCAAAGAAACAAGGGAAGAAUUCCAAGAACAACCAGGAUAACUCCUUAAAUAACGAGAUGAAUAACAAUGGAGGCAAGCAUUGUUCACCUGAAGAUUUUUCAGUUUUGGAGGUGAUCAACGCUUAUUUAUAUCCCAAGUGCCACUCAGCAGACUCUAAUGCCGUGCAAAGGGUUCUUGUUCAACAUCCAUUUCAACAUGUCAAAGUUCAGCAAGUAUGCGGUCAGUUCUUUGGGUGGCCUCCAGAGAAAACAGAUGAGUAUAUCCUACCAAAGAUUGCAGAGAGAGAUUUACGGCGUUAUGCCGAUUUGCGCUCAGCUUCGUUGCAACUUAGAGAGAAACUUCCUUUGCAUAAGCUGCCACCUAAGUGCCCAGUGUCCAGGAUCAUAAAGCAGAGAAAAGUUCAGGGAAAAGAAUGCUAUGAGGUUUCAUGGGAAGAGCAACAUGGACUUAAAACUUCCGUAGUUCCAGCAGAUCUCUUGGAGAGUGCUUGUCCUGAGAAGAUUGUAGAGUUUACAGAGGGAAAAGCUCAAAGAAAGAAACAAAUUCGCCGCAAAGCAAGAACAAAGAAACAAGGAGAAGAAUCUUCUUCAAUGGCUGAAAUUGAUCAAAAACUCCAAAAUCUUUUACUGGACAAUGAAUUCGGAAGUAACACCAUCGGUUCUUCUCUUCCUGCUUCAAAAACAGAUGUAUUGGAAAACAGAACACAUAUCUCCAGUGAAUUUACUCCAACCAUUUCAAAUUCAGAUAAAGAAUCAGAAAGUCACAUUGAACCUGCUACUAGUGUUGUUGUUGAUGAUGAUGUCAAGUACAAGAAUGAGAUAAUCGAUUUAUUAAGUCCUUCCCCGCCGAGAUUGCAACAUAGAUUAUUACUACUUAAGAAGCAACAAGAAAAUGUAAGUAUUCAAAGUGUUGAUGUAGUAGAAUUGAGUGAUUCAGAAACUGAGAUGUCUGCUGAGCACCAUAGGAAAGCUAGAGAGUUGAGGUUGUUCCUAGCAAGCAUAAAGGAUUAAUCUCAUAUCAUAUCCAAUAUUAAUGAGUAUUUAUUUAUUUUAUGGAAAUCUUUAGCUUUGAAGGUUGAGCAGACUUGUGACUACGAAUUUACAAAUUACAUGAUAAACAUCAUUAAGGCGAUGAGGUUAAUAAUCGUGCCCUUUUUUUUUUAAUUUUUCCGAAGGGGGAAACGUCAUUACACAGAAAAUAACUUAACUAGUCAAAUGCCAAAACUUGACAAGCAGCAAGGGGAUUCCCAUUCCUAAUAGCAAAAUCAAAGCAUUUUUAGCUAGAUGAGCUAAGGACUAAAGAGAAGAGAAUUGAUGUGUUCCAGCAGCCAAUCAUUGUCAUAUUUGCAUAGCAUUGAAACAAUCUGAUUCAACAGUGACUCUUCUCCCAUUCAAUUCCAAUCAAAGAAAACUUCAGUUCUUCUGAAAUUGCCUACAGUUUUGGAAGUGAGCAUUAAUUGAUUUCAGCAAAAACACCUCUUUGGCGCGCACCCACUGUCCCUAGCUGUAAUAUCAAGCCCACAUCAGCCUUCUUUUGAGCAAACACACCUGCAUCUAUAUAUAAUCAUAUUGCAGCCAUUAGUUGGGGGUUGCCAUUUCUCCUUAGGCUCCACUCCACAGGUCCAUUAGAGCCAUUUCAGCAAAUCAACUGCAUUAGGGCCUUUACCAUUUCUCACAGUUUUGUUGCACUUGGGCACAUACCAGAUUUGUGACGAGACAGUCCCCAAACAGUUCAAAAUCUUCCCUAUCGAGUGCUCUGGAGAGACAACACAACAUCAUUGUGCUGGAAAUUCUUCACUUCUUCUCCAUCCAAAGUCACUGUUUUUCCAUCUAUGCUUUUACAGCUUUGAAAUUCCAAAGAACAUGGUAAAAUGUCCUCAGCAGCAUUUCCUCCACAUCUGGUACAGCUUACUUAAUUCACACUUAAUCAUGAAAGUAGUUGCUACUAAUAAUUAAAGGGUGCUUUUAUGGAGAGUUAUAUUUUAUACACUUUUCACUGCAUUUUAUUUAUUAUUUUACAUUCCCAAAAUUAGCUCUUAAACAUUGUAGACCUUUAAAAUGAAAUCAUACACCCCAUACUCAUAUGUAGUACAUAUCCUUGAGAUAAAGAAUGAAAAAGAAAAGUAAAUGAAAAAUAUUUAUCCCACAUAUAUAAUAAUAUACUAGAAAUAAACGAAAGUUAAAACAAGCAAGCCCCUUCAAAUUCUUCAAUUCAAAGAGAUUCCACACAUAAAUAUGGGCAUAUCCCCAAAAGUAAGAGUGAACUACACAUUCCUUUCAAACAAACAUAAUUUUACAUGAUGAAACCAUAUGCAUUUAUUAUCAAGUCAGGCAAAUAGAAGCAAGAUCCACAAUAAUCAGAUUGGACACAUACAUGUUUAUCAAGAUAAAAGAUAAACAGAUUAAGUAAAAUCCCAUGAUAUGUAUAGGUAACAUAUGAUAUCAUAAUAUAUUAUUAUGAGUUUAUGAGAGAUUAAUUAAAGCAUUAGAAACAGGGGAGUAUAGAUAGGUGAUAGGUGGUGGGGAAUUGCAAUUUCUUCAAGAACCAACUACACCACACGACCUAUGAUAGGGUACUUAGCUUCGAACUUCUUCUCCCAAUCAUUAAGAACGCCCAUCUCCUUCUCGGUGAGAUCGUCGAUGGAGGGAGAGAUGUCUUCGUCGCUCUUGCUCAUCUUUCCCAGAGCCCUGCUCGCGUCCUUCCCGGCGAACAUCGAGUACGAACCUUCGGGGCCGUAGAAGGACUUUCCUGUCGUGACGUCGAAGAUGCGACCCUUGAUAGCCACGUAUAUGGGCUUGGAGGGGUCCCUACCGUUGUAUUGGCUCAGUUCCUGGGGUGUGAGUGUCACCUCCAUGGCUGCUUUUUCUUCCAAGAUUUGCUUUGCAGAUUGAGAUUGGUGUUUGUCUCAGUCUCUGUGGAGUAUGGAAUAUGAACAGUGUGUGGAGUUUGGAGUUUGGUGGC